CGUAUCCAUUCGAGUACAAAAGAGGAAAAAGAGUGAAACAUUGUAGCCAAUCCCUUCCAAGCCCGGGAAAUUCGAAACUACUCAGCCAAUCAAGAGAGGACCACUCUGCUAUAAAUACUCCGCCUUCAAAAGCCUAGCCUGUUUUCUGCUUUCUACUUCAUCCGGAUCGGUUCCUCUAUAGGCGAACAAUGGCUCGUACUAAACAGACUGCUCGAAAGUCUACUGGAGGAAAAGCUCCUCGUAAGCAGUUGGCUACCAAGGCUGCCCGAAAAAGCGCUCCAGCCACCGGCGGGGUGAAAAAGCCUCAUCGUUACCGCCCCGGCACUGUUGCCUUAAGAGAAAUUCGUCGUUACCAGAAAUCGACCGAGCUGCUCAUUCGCAAACUCCCCUUCCAGCGCUUGGUGAGAGAGAUCGCCCAAGAUUUCAAGACCGACCUCCGUUUCCAGAGCUCCGCCGUUAUGGCCCUGCAGGAAGCCAGCGAGGCUUACCUCGUGGGCCUCUUCGAAGAUACCAACCUGUGCGCUAUCCACGCCAAGAGGGUGACAAUUAUGCCGAAAGACAUCCAGCUGGCGCGCCGCAUCCGCGGGGAGAGGGCUUAAGGGGUCCUUUCGCCAGUUGCGCAAGCGCAACAAAGCAAUCCAAAAGGCUCUUUUAAGGGCCACCCACGUAUAUCAAGGAAAGAGCUGCUGUUUCGCUGCCGCUUUUAAAAACGGCUACUCG